GCUCCUUCAAUAACAACAGCUAUUCAGACACCUCGGUAGCUUUCUAGCAAACAUAGCUACAACAUUCACGUUAUUUACACUGUUUUGGUGUAUAUUAGUCGAUGUGUAUUAAACACACUUCUGUUGUAUGUACUUGUUGGCCCAUUUAAUUAUAUAUUUACGUUGUUUGUUAGCUAGCUGGUUUGUUAAGUUAGCUUAGAUCUAGGCUACUCUCUAACGCUAGAUAGCUAACAUCUCCGACCAUGAGUUCACUAAGCUACUCUCCUCCUGCUAAAGAGGAGGUCGUCUGCUGGACUAAGAAAGAAGCUCUCGUAAAAGAGGAGGAGGAAGAGAAAGAUGUCACACUACAAAAACAAGUAGAGGGUGAGGCUGUUACCGUGAAAGAAGAAGAGAAAGACGUUUCAGUGAAAGAAGAGGAAGACGCGUUCAGAGUGAAAGAGGAGGAGGACGUUACAGUAAAAGAAGAGGAGGAAAAUAAAGAGGAGGAUUCCGUUUUUGGAGUGAAAGGGGAGGAGGGGGAGAUGACUGUCACAUUGGAUGAGGAAGAGGAGGUUGGAGAUCUGUUUAACACCAGAGAGACACGGGACUAUCGUGGAUCCUCUUGGGAGGCUCAACAACAUCAUGAUUCUGACGAGGCAGAGAAGAGUCUCUUCAGAUCAGAACUCCUCAAGAAACACCAGCAGAGACCCACAGAGAAGAAAUCUCAUUGCUGCUCUGACUGUGGGAAAAUAUUAAACUCUUCACCAGACCUUAAAAUACAUAAAAGAAUUCACACUGGAGAGAAACCUUACGGCUGUGAUCAAUGUGGGAAGAGUUUUUCUCAGCUAAAAACCCUGAAAUCACACCAGAGAAUACACACUGGAGAGAAACCUUUUGGCUGUGAUCAAUGUGAGAAGAGUUUUAUUUGGCUGCAAACCCUGAAAACACACCAGAGAAUACACACUGGAGAGAAACCUUACGGCUGUGAUCAAUGUGAGAAGAGUUUUACUCAGCUAAACAACCUGAUAGUACACCAGAGAACACACACAGGAGAGAAACCUUAUAGCUGUGAUCAAUGUGGGAAGAGUUUUUCUACAUCUAGCUAUUUAACUAUACACCAGAGAAUACACACUGGAGAGAAAUCUUUUGGCUGUGAUCACUGUGGGAAGAGUUUUAUUUGGCUACAAUCCCUGAAAUUACACCAGAGAAUACACACUGGAGAGAAACAUUUUGGCUGUGAUCAAUGUAGGAAGAGUUUUACUCAGCUAAACAGCCUGAUAGUUCACCAAAGGACACACACAGGAGAGAAUCCGUGCUGUGAUCAAUGUGGGAAGAGAUACUCUGAUAAAAGAUCUCUGAUUAAACAUCAGAAAAUACAUGAAGUAGUUGUUUCAUGAUAAUGAAAUAAUGUCACAAUGUAGAAUGUUUUUAAUAUUGUGGAAGUAUUUUAAUAAUAUCACAAUAUAGAAUGUAUUAAUAUUUUAAGAGUAUUUUAAUGAAUGUCAGAAUGUAGAACCAUAAACAUUUGCCCAAUGUUCAAUUGAUUUUAGUCUCAGGGGAAAAAUCCAGGCUUCUUAAUUGAAAGAGUACUAUUUAUGAGAUUCAACAAAAAGUGACUAACAAAAAUAGAGUUGUGUUACAUUUACCACGUUGGUUACCCACUUGAAUCAAAAUGCAACUCUUCAAUGUUUAGGUUUUCAAUAUAUCCCAAACUGUUUCUGCAUAUUGGUUAUUGAUUUGGACACAUUAAAACUAUGUUUUGACAUUGCGCUAUUCUCACCUACGUAAUUCAAAAGACAUUGAAAAGAAGACUAUGCCCGACGUCCAAUUUAUGUUCGGUUGUAAGUUGAAAAUGAAAGUUGAAAAUAUGUAUUUUUGGGUCAUUUUUUCAAUGAUUUGAAAACAACUUAAUUUCAAUGUACUAGCAGCCUAUACGUAUGGACGCAGUAUAAUCAAUUGGUCUAUAAUGAAUUUUAUUAACAAUCUUACAUCACUCCAUUAUUUCUUUACAACAUCCAAGUGCUAAUUGUCUUUAUUCCACUACUGAAGAAGCAUUUCUCAAAUCACCUAGUCACAUUUCAAACAUCCAGCCUGACAAAAGAUACAUUUUAUUAUUCCAUGCCUCACCACUAAGUUAAUUAUUGCCAAUACAUAUUAACAAAGGGGUGUACAUUUGGUUUUGAUGUUUCAUAUUUACAAUUCAUGUAACAUUUAGUAAUAAUUAUUUAUGCAACCAACUGACAAUUGUUGGGUACAAUUAUAUUGACAUUGUUAUCUUGCUUUUAGACUAUCAGGGAUCAUUCAUAGAUGUGCCAACCCAAAUGUACUAGAGCAUGACAUUGGGGACUGGGCCCAGAUUCAACAACAUGCCUAUCGAGUGAACCCUGAAAAGAGAGAGAAUCUCCACAGUGAGGUGGAAAGUUACUAUGGAUAUCGCAGGAGUUUCCUCUUGAAAUCAGACAUGUCUGUGGUAAGGUCAACUUGCUUGCUGAUUGUCUCAAGAGUCGGCAGUCCAAUUUUUUUUUUGAAACUGCACUGUUGGUUAGGGGCUCGUAAGUAAGCAUUUCACUGUAAGGUCUACACAUGUAUUCAGCGCAUGUAACUAAUACAAUUUGAUUUGAGUUUUGUUUGGGCUCGUUCCAAGGGGACGAGAGUUCUAGAAGCUAGUGAGUUUUAGGAAGACAAGAGUUCUAGAAGCUAGAGAGUUCUAGAAGAGUUUUAGGAUUCUAUAGAAAGAAAAAGGAGAAAAUAAUGAUACGAUUGUAUUUUAUUAUUUAGAAAUACGUGUUUUUUCUUCUUUUUAGUUGUUGACAGCAAGUAGACACCAUGUUGUUAAGGGAAUUUUUUAUCUAUAUUGACUUAUGUAUACAUUUCAAUCAGGCUGUACUAAUCAGAAUACAAUUAUGUUACUGUAUAUGUACUAAUCAAAAUACUAAAUGUUACUGUAUAUGUAUGAAUUGUCUUAUCUGAUCCCAGUACUGAAGUGAAUUGUGGUCAAGAGUUUAGUAACAAUGACGGUCUGUUCAUUGGUACAAAUGAAUCAGACUGGCUAGAAUGCUUAUCUACACAAGAAAACCUUGACUCGUAAAUUAUAUUAAAUUGGUAGGGAGACAGAUGUGGGAAGGCUUGAGACACAGCCUUGGUACUGGAACGGAGGUGUGUGAACGUGGGCAAAAGUUGGAACAAUGACGGUCUGUUACUUGUACAAAUGAAUGAACUAUCUCCAGACUGUCUAGAAUGCUUAUCUACACUGACUGACCUUGGCUCUA